AUGGACAACGUGAAAUCACGCAGCAAUGAUGAAGAUGAAGAGCUGCACUCUACAGACCCAGAGAGUAAAGAGAAGAGCAAAGACAAAAAGGCCCUGUGCAAAGUGAAGUGGUCCCGUGACGAGGAUGAAAAGCUGAAAAAGCUUGUGGAGCAGCAUGGAACUGACUCCUGGAAAUUAAUAGCAAACUAUUUUCUGGGGAGGACAGAUGGCCAGUGUCAGCACCGCUGGCAGAAGGUGCUCAACCCAGAGCUGGUGAAAGGACCUUGGACAAAAGAAGAAGAUCAAAAGGUUAUUGACUUGGUUCACAAGUAUGGCCCCAAGCGUUGGUCGGUGAUCGCAAAGCACCUCCAGGGGAGAAUCGGGAAGCAGUGCCGUGAACGGUGGCACAACCACCUUAACCCAGAGGUAAAGAAAUCUUCAUGGACUCAGGAAGAGGAUCGAAUCAUCUAUGAGGCCCACAAACGACUGGGCAACCGCUGGGCAGAGAUCUCCAAGCUCCUACCUGGACGGACAGACAACUCCAUCAAGAACCACUGGAACUCCACCAUGAGGAGGAAGGUGGAGCACGAGGGCUACCUACAAGAUGGCUGCAAGACUUUCUCUUCCUCUCAAACUGGAGGAAAGAGGCGCCAUUCCAGACAGUGUCCUCCAACGCCAACAGAGCCCCAGCACUGUGGCCACAGCCCCCUGCCCAUGACGGGACCCAACCAGAUGGGGAGAUUUAAUUAUGAUCCUCACAGUAGACACAUGAUGGACAAUCUCUCUGAUAGUUCAGGAUUCAUACCGCCAUCCUGCCUGGAUGAUCCCGACAGAGAGCAAAGAAUUAAGGAGCUUGAGCUGCUGCUUAUGUCAGCAGAAAAUGAAGUCCACCGACAAGUGCAGUGCAGAGGUCCAUGUAGCUUGGAGCAGUACUCAGCCUGGUCGGACAGUGUGUCAGACGACACGAUGACCACAAGUAGCAGCAGCCUGGAGGAACAGGCGGAAAGGAGGCCAUGGAGGGGCCCUGAGAUCCCCCGGGGACCUCCAACCCAACUUCCUGUCUCCCCCAGCAAGUUCCUGGCUGUAGAGGCGAGCACUGUGCUCUCCACCCUGCAGACUAUACCAGAGUUCGCAGAGACCAUGGAGCUCAUUGACUCAGACCCUGUGGCAUGGAGCGAUGUGGCCAGCUUUGACUUGUCAGAGGCAACGACACCACCCAGACACAACCAGGCCGGCUACACCUCUCUGCUGCAAGACAGGACCAUUGAUGAUUCGAUGGGCUUCAUAGUCAACACUCCGACUGACGUCUCAGGCUGUGACAAGAACUGUGCUCCUCUUGGUCUGGGCCCUGUCACAUCCCUGACUCCCAUCAACUCAUCCAAACCCACACAGGCUUCUACUGGGAGGAGGAGGAGAAGAGAGAGGGGGGAACCGUCUCCUUUGUGCGACAGGACUUGCUCCUCCUUUUUGGAAAAUGUCUCAAAUUCACCCAAGAAAACGCCCACAAAGUCACUGCCAUUCACCCCAUCACGAUUCUGCAACAUAUCAGGGGCGGAGCAUCUGAAUUUGGAUAACCCCGCCCUCACCUCUACUCCUGUAUGUGGCCAAAGAUGUCUCGUCAAUACACCGAUUCACAAGGAAACCACACCCAAGCACCAGAAAGAGAAUGAUGGCUCUAGGACUCCUAAAUUUCAUAAAACUGUCAUGAUUCCAACUCCGAGGACGCCGACUCCCUUCAAAAAUGCUUUGGCUGCCCAGGAGAAAAUGCAUGGGCCACUAAAGAUGGAGCCGCAGCCUUUGGCAUUUCUAGAAGAGGACAUUCGAGAAGUUCUGAAGCAGGAGACUGGAUCAGACAUCUUCAACAGAACAGACUUCCAGCCAGACUACAGAGCAUGGAAACAUAACAUGGAUGGUCCUGCUAGAAAAGUGCGCAAAUCCCUUGUCCUGGACCCCUGGGGGAAAGACUGCCUCAGUGUCCAACUCUUCCAAGAGCAACUCAACAACAUACAAGUGCCAGAUGAUAGUCUACUGACGAGCUCUUCUCUAAUCACCCCAACCCCUGAGCAAGAGGACUGUACCCGCCCUUUGACUUCUGGGAGAGAGGAGCCCUCUUUGGUCCCUGUACACCCCCAGCGCUUCACUAGUCCCAGGGUAAAGAAGCCCCCUACCCACCACAAAGCACCAAAACACGCCAUUGUACAGGUGAGUGAGUGGGAAGCAGUGGUUUAUGGGAAGACAGAGGACCAGCUGAUCAUGACAGAGCAGGCCCGUCAGUACCUGAACCCUUACCCAUCAUCUGGCUCUACCUCAAGGGCCCUUGUGCUUUAAAGCCGUCCCCUGACCUGCACAGGCAACACUACACCUGCCCGACAACUAAACACCUCCACUGAAUCUUGUAAGAGACAAUCCAGUGAAGACAAGCGUUUUUUUCUUUCAAAGCAGAAAUGCACUGCCAAGGACGUACACAGAAAAGGCAUGGCUGCUCGUAUUGUUUUCAACACGUUUCUAGGUCA